AUGUCUACCAUCAUCAUCAUCAUCAUCAUCAUCAUCAUCAUCAUCAUCAUCAUCAUCAUCAUCAUCAUCAUCAUCGUCAUUGUCGCCAUUGCCAUUACCAUUCGACUAACUCUUCCACCUCCCCCGGCUAUAGUCCUAGAACUGGGCGGCUUGGCCCCAAGUCCGUUUGCAGGACUCAUCCUCGCCGACUACGGCGCCGACGUGGUGCGCGUGGACCGGACAUUCGCAGUCUUCGGCCCGCCGCGCGACACGCUGUGCCGACGCAAGCGGUCCGUGGUGGUGGACUUCAAGCAGGAGGCGUCGCGGCGGGCAUUCCUCGAACUCGUCCAGGUCGCCGACGUGCUGAUCGACCCGUACCGCCCGGGGGUGAUGGAUCGACUGGGCCUGGGCGCCGCGACGCUCCGGGCCCUCAACCCGCGCCUGAUCUACGCGCACCUGUACGGCUUCCGGCCCGACGGUCUCUACGGCACCCGCGCCGGCCACGACAUCAACUACCUCGCCGUGUCCGGGGCGCUGUCGCUCCUGGGCCGCCGGGACGAGAACCCCGCCCCGCCGGCCAACAUCCUGGGCGACUUCGCGGGCGGCGGGUUGGUGUGCGUCGCGGGCAUCCUGCUCGCGCUGCUGCGGCGCCAGACCACCGCGCGGGGCCAGGUCGUCACGGCCAACAUGGUCGACGGCACCGCGUACCUGGCGACGUUCAUGCGGCAGCAGCGCGGGCACGAGAACAACGACCGGCCCCGGGGCGAGAAUCUGCUCGAUGGCGCCGCGCCCUUCUACGAGGUGUACAAGACCCGAGACGACCGGUUUGUCGCUGUCGGCGCCCAGGAGCCGCAGUUCUACCGCAACCUGCUCGCGGGGCUGGGUGUGGAAGGUCACAAGAAAACCGUGAUGGAGCAGCAGCAAUGGGACCGGACGUCCUGGCCGCGCACAAAGGCGCUGUUCACGCGUCUCUUUCGGCAGAAGACACGUGACGAGUGGCGCAGCGUGUUCGACGGGGUGGACGCCUGCGUGACGCCCGUGCUGGACGUGGACGAGACCGAGCCGCCAUUCCGCCCGCUCGUCGAGCUGAGUGAGUCGCCGAGCCUGGACGUCGCGGUGCAGGAGUCUUACCCGGAGUUGAAGAAGGGUGAGGGUGGGGAGGAUGUCCUGCGCGAGUGGCUCCCCGACGAGGAGGUGCGGGCGUCUAUGGAUAUAGAUCCCUCGUCGAAGCUGCUUAGCAUGAAGGAGAAGGAGAGGGAGAAGAGGCGGGAGGCGAAGUUAUAA